AUGCCGAAAUCGGCUUCUCCCAAUCCGAAGGUCGAAAUUGAUGCAUGUAACUCCGAGGUGGCCCUGAUCACGGUAUGUAAUGCUGCCUGUGCACAUCCAUGUUUUAUUGUUUCUCAUGUCGUAAGAUCUGCGACGUCCACAUCCAUCGCCGAGGCAAGAAUUGCCAUCUCUCCAGCAUGUACAGGGCUGGAUAGGCCGGAUGCCAGCCCGAUAAAUGCCGAAUUAGUACAGUGUAUUGCAAAAGUUUACCCUGGGGAUCAAGCCUAUAGGACAAGGCGGUGCAACACUGCUAACGCGAAUGUAAAGAAAGCCUCGACAAAGCCAUCGGCAUUGGUCCGCCGUAAGUGUUGCGCCUGUGGUAGUGACCAUAUUAAAGGUACCGAGAUCAGAGGCACCCUGUGGCAUGAGCUUCUGGAGAAUAACACUGUGUUGAUGAACUAA